AUGGCAAAACAGGAGGCUUAUCAUCUUCAUCCAGCCGGCUGGGAAAACGACCCAGAAGAGGAGAGAUUCAGAUUCUCGACUCUCGACUACCUGACAGCUUGUAGCUUCAGCAACUACGCGCUAUUCUUCAAGUUGGACGAUGGAGCGAAGCAGAAUGCAGUCGAUGUACUCAAGGCAGGUCUUCAGCAGACUCUCAGUCAGGUGCGCCAUCUGUGUGGAACAAUCGAAAAGGAUCCAAAUGGAGGACAUUCUUUCGUGAAAAGAAAAGAGAGCACAGUUCACCUUUUUGUUCAAUGGCUCGAUGGUGUGGGCGAGGAUUAUCCAACCUUCGACCAUAUCGAGGAAUCCCAUUUCCGUGGAACAGCACUGGGUGACCUCUCCCUCUGGAGUGUCUCUCCGAUGACGUACGGGCAAACACCGGAAGCCCAUCCUGAUAGCAGCCCCGUCGUGGCAGCCUUCAAGGCGAAUUUUAUUCGUGGUGGGUUGGUCUUCAAUAUGCACCACCAUCACUAUGCAAAUGAUGUUAUGGGCUGGACUGGAUUCACGCACCAGCUGGCGGAGAAUUGUAACGCCAUUUUCACCAAUCCUGCAUUCCCAAAAUGGGACCCGGCUUGUCUUGAUCUCUCUCGAAUCACAAAGCAGGAACCGCCAGAGGAGGCAAAGGUGGCCGGACCUGCACCAGCAGAGCACCCCCCAAAUCACCGAAGUGAAGUAUCCUUGCUCUUCCAUCUCCCAGCGAGCAAGGCAGCAGAGUUGAAGAAGCUAGCCACUCCCACAGAUGGCUCCUGGGUCUCGACUUACGACGCGUUCUCGGCCUUUAUUUGGCGGAUACUGUCUCGGCUUCGUGCCCCCAUAUUCAAGCUGGACAUGUCAUCGCACCUCUUUUGGUCUGAAAACGUCGACAUGAGGCGACGGUUACAAAGCCCUAAAUGCCCGCCUCGCACUCGAGGCAACGUCCUUUCAGGAGCAAUAUCCAACAUCGCCCUGCUAGCUUCGUACAUCCGCAAGCUGACCAAUAGCGUAACGCAAGAAAGCCUUGACCAGCAACUUGACUCCGUGGCGACCAUCCGCGAUAAGACGGCGUUAUGUGUCCGCCUUCAUUCGUACCCGCCCUUGACAAUUAUACAAACAGAUCAUCGUGACGCAAAUGUCAAUGUCGCUGACUUUGGAUUUGCCACUCCCGUCACGUAUCGCAAUCUCUGUGAUGAUAUUACCCAAGGUGUGAUGUACAUAUAUCCCCCGCGCCUAGGGCUAGGAUCGGAUGAGGGUUGCGAAUUUUCCAUCGCCUACGAGAAGCAUCUAGCCCGAGAGCUCAUUGAGGAUCCUGAGUGGAAUAAGUUCUUUGAAUACCGGGGUGUGGAUUGUGUCAACGCCAGAGAUGGAGCUGAAAACGAGUGA